CAUGUUGGAAAACCAUUCAAAGAAUAAAAAAAAUGAUAGUUGAGAGAGUGAUAACCAUUGAAUACCUUGAACCAUCCAUGACUAUAGAUCUACUCCGCAAGUUCCCUGAUGAAUCUGCAUUUGGCUUUGACUACUCACAGAGUGAAAUUUGGUCACCUUUGCUUCCUCGUGGCCGCCAUGAAUCUCUUCUUGAGUUUUCCGAUGCCCGGAAAGGGAAAUCUUCAAAAGGAAAGCUCAAGAAGAUCAAGGGGAUGUUCAUUGAGACCAAGCUAAACAACAACAAGAAGAAGAAGAAGAAGAAAAGGAUGAGCAAUAUGUUUAUCAAGAACUUGGACUUCUCCUCCUCAAGCUCUACUCCUGUCAAAGGGUGGAGGAGAGUUUUAAGAGCAGCAACAAAUAAAUUCAAGGGCCAGAAGAGAUCUUCAUUGCAGAGGUUGUUGCCUACUUAAUUUGUGAAGCUUUUGUGACUGUGUAUGUAUAUGGUGGUCACUAUAUAUAUAUAUAUAUAUAUAUAUAUAUAUAUAUAUAUAUAUUUUCUGCAUUUUAUGUUUGUGUUUCUUGAUUUGUAUGUAAAAUAUGGCAUUUGAAUUUUGAAUUUGAUGCACUAUUUCUGAUUUUUUUAAGUACUGAUUUGGUUACUUGGUUUUCUGGG